AGAAAGCGACGCCUGUAGAUUUGAUGGCGCGGCAGCGUCACCCGUUGCCCGAGAUCAGCAAAAUUUAUCGCUUUCCAUUAUCGAAAUCCCCCCAAGUUUCGAUACAUGGCCAGGGGUUAAAAAUAAGAGCCGGAGAGAUCGAAGCAGCAGCAGCAGCGGCGGCGGCGGCAGUGGGUAGGGAGUGGCCGUCCUCCGACGCCGCCGCUCCCGAAACCUAGGGUUUUGGCGGCGGAUUUGCGUCUUCGGCGCUGUAGAUUCCACCGAGAUUGCUCCGCGGUGGUCCGAUCCGGGCCGGGUCGCGGCUGGUUCGCCUUUUGCUUCGAGCAAGAUUCGUUUUAUAUAUAUAUAUAUAUAUAUAUAUAUAUAUAUAUAUAUAUAGGGCCUCGAUCUUCUCCCCCUCCCUCCGGGAGGUCGACGGGUGUCGCUUCGUCGCUUGCUUCCGCUGUACGGAUAAGGGUUGGGGGGUUGUCGUUCUCGGUUGGGGAUUGCCCUUGCUUUGGAUUUAUUAGGAGAUUCGGUUUUGUUUCUCCGAGGGGUUGGUGUGGAGGGGGAGCUUCUGGAUUAUUCGGCUUCGGCCCUGUGUAAGCCUUCCAAGGUUGGAAAGUUGAGAUUUUGAGGGUGUUUUUUGGUUUUGUUUUUUGUUUUUUGUUUUUAAGUGCGUUCCCUGUGGAGGCGGCGGCGGCGGCGGUGAUGGUGACGGUGAAUGGGGAGUAGGACAGGUGGGGUUGGAGUCGAAGAUGGUAAGCUAACUGCGGCCGGGACGGAAAGCUCUAUUUCUUCGUCGACGGUGGUUCAGAACACGUUUUAGCUUCCAUAGAUAUUACACCUUCAGCUGCUAGAGUUGAGUCUUUGACGUCACCCCAACAGAAGGGAUACCAGCCUAGCUCGGUCUAUUUUCCAGUGGUCAGUUUGAGAACUGGAAAGAGAUCACAAUGGCAGAUGUGAGUCCUAGGACAGAUACCUCCACAGAUGUGGAUACUGAUGACAAAGAUAAGAGGUUAGAACGAGGACAACAUGCUGUUGUUGCAGCAUCUGAUUCUAGUGACAGGUCGAAGGACAAGACACUGGACCAAAAGAAAAUUAUUUUCGAACAGACAGUUCGUCGACUGGCUCAAAAUCGUGAAGCUGCAAGAAAGAGUAGGUUAAGAAAAAAGGCUUAUGUACAACAACUAGAGAGUAGUAGACUGAAGCUAACUCAACUUGAGCAGGAGCUCCAAAGAGCUCGGCAGCAGGGAAUUUUUAUUUCUGGCUCAGGAGAUCAAUCCCACGCCAUGGGUGGAAAUGGGGCGUUGGCUUUUGAUGUAGAAUAUGCACGAUGGCUCGAAGAACAUAACCGGCAGAUCAAUGAGCUGAGAUCUGCAGUGAAUGCUCAUGCCAGUGAAAAUGAUCUCUGUGUUAUCGUUGAUGGUGUCAUGGCUCAGUAUGAUGAAAUAUUUAGGCUUAAGGGCAUUGCUGCCAAGGCUGAUGUCUUUCAUAUAUUAUCAGGCAUGUGGAAGACACCAGCUGAAAGGUGUUUCUUAUGGCUGGGAGGAUUCCGUUCAUCUGAGCUUCUGAAGCUACUUGCAAAUCAGCUGGAGCCGCUUACAGAGCAGCAAAUGAUGGGCAUAUGCAACCUUCAGCAGUCAUCGCAGCAAGCUGAGGAUGCUCUGUCUCAAGGGAUGGAGGCGUUGCAGCAGUCCUUGGCAGAAACACUGGCUGGGUCGCUUGCCCCCUCAGGAUCUUCAGGGAAUGUUGCAAACUACAUGGGUCAGAUGGCUAUGGCAAUGGGAAAACUUGGAACUCUUGAGAAUUUUCUUCGCCAGGCCGAUAACCUGCGACAGCAAACCCUGCAACAGAUGCACCGGAUAUUAACUACCCGUCAGUCGGCACGAGCGCUUCUUGCCAUACAUGGAUACUUCUCACGUCUUCGUGCCCUGAGCUCUAUUUGGCUAGCUCGGCCGCGGGAUUAACAAGCCCUCUGUUCCUGUCGAGCACAUUACUUCCUGUUCUAGGGCUGAUCUGAAGUACCUCUCUGAUAUGUUGCAUUACUAGCUCCGGUACUAUGGCUGGACACCGGUGGAGCUAAUUCAGAUCAUGUAUAGCAAAGUAUGGUACUCCUUCCUUCCUCCUUAUUCAUGCAGUGUACUGUUGCUCAUGUAAGAAAAAGACCAUCAUAAUGUCAUUCUGCAUGCUCGUAGCCUCGUUUAAGAAAAUGAUUAUUGAAAUAAUCAAUGAGAAUUUGUUGCUAGGAUUUUAAUCUGUUUCA